UCACUCACAGCGCCCUGCCUGCCCCGCGGAGCCUGCCAAAGCCCAGAAUAACGCCGGGGACCAGACAGUGGGAUGGCGGGGACUCUGCUCAGCGCCCUGCUGCUCUUGCAGCUCCUCGGCGGAGGCGCAGGGAAGAAUGAGGAGCUGCGUCUCUACCACCACCUCUUCGACAACUAUGACCCAGGACGCCGGCCAGUGCAGAAGCCUGAGGACACUGUCACCAUCACCCUCAAAGUCACCCUGACCAACCUCAUCUCGCUGAAUGAGAAAGAGGAGACCCUCACCACCAGCGUCUGGAUUGGAAUCGACUGGCAUGAUUACCGACUCAACUACAGCAAGGGCGAUUUUGGGGGCCUAGAAAUCCUGCGGGUCCCUUCAGAACUCGUAUGGCUGCCAGAGAUUGUGCUGGAAAACAAUAUCGACGGCCAGUUCGGUGUGGCCUAUGAAGCCAACGUGCUGGUCUCGGAGGGCGGCUACGUGAGCUGGCUGCCCCCGGCCAUCUACCGCAGUAUCUGCGCCAUGGAGGUCACCUACUUCCCUUUCGACUGGCAGAACUGCUCGCUUGUUUUCCGCUCGCAGACGUACAAUGCAGAAGAAGUGGAGCUCGUCUUUGCUGUGGACGACGAUGGCGUCACCAUCAGCAACAUAGAUAUCGACACUGAGGCCUAUACUGAGAACGGUGAGUGGGCCAUCGACUUCUGCCCCGGGGUGAUCCGCCGCCACGACCGUGGCUCUAAUGAUGGUCCAGGGGACACUGAAGUCAUCUACACGCUCAUCAUUCGCCGGAAGCCGCUCUUCUACGUUAUCAACAUCAUCGUGCCUUGCGUGCUCAUCUCGGGCCUAGUGCUGCUCGCCUAUUUCCUGCCGGCACAGGCUGGCGGCCAGAAAUGCACCGUCUCCAUCAACGUCCUGCUCGCCCAGACCGUCUUCUUGUUCCUAAUUGCCCAGAAAAUCCCAGAGACAUCUCUGAGCGUGCCGCUGCUAGGCAGGUACCUCAUUUUCGUCAUGGUGGUUGCCACGCUCAUUGUCAUGAAUUGCGUCAUCGUGCUCAACGUGUCUUGUCGGACGCCCACCACUCACGCCAUGUCCCCGCGGCUGCGCCACGUCUUACUGGAGCUGCUGCCCCAACUCCUGGGCUCGGGCGCACCCCACGAGGUCCCCCGGGCCGCCUCGUCCCCAAGGCGGGCGUCGUCCUUGGGCCUACUUCUCCGCGCAGAGGAGCUGAUACUGAAAAAGCCGCGGAGCGAGCUUAUAUUUGAGGGGCAGAGGUACCGGCACGGGAGCUGGACUGGUGAGCAGUGCCCGAGCGGGCCAGCGGGGGCACCUGCAGCGGGAGAGGCUCCUAAUCACCCCCCGGGGUCGCUCCCACCAGCUGCCCUCUGCCAGAGCCUGGGCGCCGCCGGCCCCGAGAUCCGCUGCUGUGUGGAUGCCGUGAACUUCGUGGCCGAGAGCACGCGAGACCAGGAGGCCACCGGCGAGGAGGUGUCAGACUGGGUGCGCAUGGGGAAGGCCCUUGACAAUAUCUGCUUCUGGGCCGCUCUGGUGCUCUUCCUUGUCGGCUCCAGCCUCAUCUUCCUCGGGGCCUACUUCAACCAAGUGCCCGAACUGCCCUACCCGCCCUGUAUGCAGGCGUGAGCCUGCAGCCACGGUGACAAACGUUCCCACCCAUCUUCAGGAGGAAAUCUGAAAAACAAGUUGCUCCCACUGCUUUAUUACGAUCCUUUCGUACUGCCGGUGAUAAAUCUGUGUUCAGCUUCGCAAGAGUCAUACGUGCCCACGUGUGUAGGUCUGGCCACCGGGGCAGACAGGAGGAGGUGGCAGAUGGUUCAGGCAGGCUCUUGCGUGUCAACCCUCCAGACGGCAGGAACCAUCUUCAAUUCAUUCUUCCUGACCUCCCAGUUUUUCUUGGGCCCCAGCUCCAUGUGACCCUCUAGCCCCCUGAGCCUCUAAGAGAUCUUUAUCCAUUUGUUGCCAAACAGGAGAGAACCCCCCCCCCCGCCCCCAUGCAGGACUUGCAUAUAGAGAGGCUGGAGCCAGGCGCCUUCAUGGCCUGGCCAGGCUGGAGUGGGUGGAAACCAAAUGGCCCCUGUGUAGGGCCCCACAGGUUUAAGGCUGAGGAUGCCCCAGCCCUCCCUCAGUUGUUUCCUCUAGGUUUUAUUGGCUCAACAA